AUGAUGGUCCAACUCUUCAAUGUUGGUUGAUAGGAUGAAGCCACUGUGUUAGAAAUCGAGUGAAAGUCGGAUGAGCCUGUAGGCAACCUGACUUAAGAAAGCGCAUUGAACCAGUUCGCCCUUCCGUUCACACGAUAAGCCAGCGCCGUUCAACGGCUCACAUCCGAUCUUUACCCGAUUUAGAACACCGGUUUUACCCCACAAACAUAAAAAAAGUCAUUUUACUAGUCACCAUGGAACUAGUGUCUUUCAGGAAAGAAGUAAAUGGAAAAUAAUUUUUAUCCAGACGCUUAUCGUUUCAGUUGUAAAUUUAAACGUCGUCACAGGUUUAAAAGUUUAUAAAUACUUAGUUGUCUUUUUUAUAGGCAUCGAGAAUAACCUAACUUCAAUUUCAUCCAUUAUGUACGGAGUUCAAGUUUUCGAGAAGUGAAGCUAAAUUUUUGUUUCCGAAAAAAAACUAUUUAAAAUUUUAGAAGUGAUAAUAUGUAUUCUACAUUGUCCGUGAAGCAAGAUUUCGCCUUAGAAGUUUUCGGCAGUGAAGUAACACGUAUAAAAAAGGUAAAAAACUUUCUAACCAACUUUUUGAUUUCAUGACAACUUCAAGGCUUAUUUUUCUAUCUCUCCGGAUUGUGAGGUCGAAUCAAUACCUGCUCAAAUAAAAAAAGAGUCUCUGUUCCCUGAGAAAGAUGCGUUCCACGCGCAGUUCGAACCUUUGGAAGUGAAUUAUUUGAUAUCACACUAAUAGAGCAAGUUGUUUUUUUUCAGAAAUUUGAUAGCAAAGUUGAGUUUUACUUUUUCUGCACAAUACCAAUGUCUCUGGGUUACAAUUCUAUGGUGAAAGUCGAUAUCGUGAAAAGAGGUUCACCCCAAAGACUUCUGUCUAUCCUAUAUUUUCAUUCCAGAGGGCGCCGAAGUCAUUCCCUUCUAUUUAAUCGUUUUGGUCGUUUUCUUGUUCAUGUCGGCUGUUUUUUCGGGCCUGAAUUUGGCAAUUAUGGGUUUCGGCAUCAGCGAACUAAAGGUUAUUUGAAAGUGGAACAAAAAAUGAAACGAUAAUGGAAAAUUACAAAAGUUCUGGAAGUUCUUGGCCGUUGGUUGGGCUUUUGAAUAAUGUAAUGUAUACUUCAUAUGCUGGAAGAGUAUGACGAAGACCGCAAAAACCGUGUCAGAGCCACGAAUGUUCUGACGAUUCGAAGCAAAGGAAAUUACGUUCUGAUAACUAUUAUCGUCGGUCAGUUCUUGAAAGGACUUUUAUUCGAUUGAGUUUUCAGAAUAACUUCAUGGCUACAGAAAAUGUGCUUCCUUUCCAGGAAAUGUGAUUUGCAACACUACGAUCGCUUUGGUAAUAGAGCGGUUGGCACGAAUCUUCGGAUUUGACGAGUCGAGAUUCGUGGAAGUUAUCAUUUCUGCUCUUCAGCUCGUAUUUACUGAAAUCCUUCCUGCUGUCUUCUGCACAAAGUCUAUAAAACUCGUCUUUUUUUUUAAUCUGAGCUUCAGGAACGCUCUUUAUGUAGCCAGUCAGAUGCGCUUCUUGGUCAUUUUCUUCAUGGUCCUAACUUUUCCCCUUUCAUAUCCCCUUUCUAAGAUUCUCAACUGUGCAAUAAGUGAAGGUGAGAAAUAGCAUUUUAAUUAACGAGUCGUAACUAGCCGGGCUGUUAAAACUUUGAACUUUAAAUAUAACGCAUCCUAGUACGAGAUUUAGGCAACGAAAAGAUGCUUUUUGUUUUAUUAUUUUUUCAGAAGAUCUGUCACGGAACCAAGUUGAGAUGGAAGCUUUGGGAAUGAACGAAGGUCCAGAAAACCCGAUGAAAAUGGAGAACGAAAAAGGGUCGCGACUGGCUGUUGCUCAGGUUUCUUGAUAAUGGGAGAAGUUCAAAAAUGGCUCACUAUACAGGUUGUGAGUUUGAUCAAAAACACAAUAAACCUUGCGGAGAAAAGUGCCGCCAACACGAUGACGCCAAUUGACAAGGUUCAUUUCAGACUUUUUCUCUGGAAUUUUGCUUUUUUUGAGUCUCGAAAAUCAGCAGAAAAAUCUUUAGGUGUUCAUGGUUUCGGACCAACAGCUCCUGACAAGAAGCUUCAAAACGGAGCUCGCUCGGAAAAACCACACCAGAGUUCCUGUUUAUGCAGGCUCUAACAAAAACGAGGUUAUUGUCUUUCUGAAACUUCAUUUGUGGGCUCUCAGGUUCGAGGAAUUUUGAAUCUGAAGGAUUUGAUUACGCUGGGAUCUACGUCGAGAUUGACUGCAGGAACGCUUUUGGAUCUGUGGUCCGGCAGCAAUAAGGUCAUCUUUCAGCUUUUGGAAGCAUUAGUAGCAACUUUUUUGAAGCUCUCGUUUUGAGAGUUCGUUUUAUCAGGGAGAGCAACCUUCGAAAAAAAAAAAAGAAAAAAUAUAAUUCUUAAAAAUAAAGUGAGAGCCAAGGAGAGAAUUUUUCGCAUCCUUUCUGAUUAUCCUGUACAGACAAAAAUGUCCUUUUUCAGUUCCGAUAUGUCCUGGACAAGACGCACCUGCCAGGAUUGAUGAAGGAACUGAUGCGAGGGUUCCCCAUGGCGAUCGUCGUGCAAUUCGUUCCGAAGAACAUUCUCACCAUGGCCAGCGUCAACUCCUUCAAUCGCGUCACAGGCAUCAUCACUCUGGAGGACAACCUCGAGGAGGUUCGGAGUAUAUAUCCCUUAUCAGACCUCAGUUUUUCACAGAUAGUAGGAGAAAUCAUGGACGAGAAGGACAUAGAGAAAAAGGAUCCUACGGUUACUGCUCCCAAGAUCCAAGCGGCCCCCAAGGUGACAUCUACUUCUAGUCAUUGAUACAGAAAGGCCUUUGAAAUAGAACUUUUUCUUAAUUAGGCGCAGACUUGUUCUGCGCCAUUUGGGUUUAGGAUGAGUUGGAAAAUCUUUCAUUGAAAUUGUGAAGAACAACCCUUUGAUGUAAUAAUUAAAAUCAUUGAAGUUAGAGUUUAAGAAAACUGGCAUGCCUAAUGAGAAAACGCCUUUACUGGAGGAUUCGCCACCGCCAAAUCAUUCGCCAAUGAUCCCCCUGACGCGUGGGACUUCACCAAAGAAACCGGUCAAAAGUUAGCAAGAUUUUAUUAAUGUGAAUAAAUAGUAGUUUCAGAAGAGAAGAAGGACAAAAAAGAAAGGAAAGAGAAGAAGGACAAUGAAAAAAGAUGACUCGAAUUUUUUCCCUCUUCAUUCGCUUAAUUUAAAACGGCUCGAAAUAAUUAAUAUCAGUUGUCAUGAUCAUGACGCUUCAGACGGGGACGCUCUGUCCCCGCUCAUUUUCUGCCUUUUUUUUUUGUUUAAAUAAACUUAUAAAUUUCGCCUUAUUUCACUUUCAUGCGUUUCCUCUCAUCACAAAAUUUUAAUUGAACUAAACCAAACCCAUUUUUUUACAUGGGUCUUAAAAACGUGCCCAAAAAGGGCUUGAAACUGGUUCAAAAACUAAGCAUGAAUACUAAUAAAUUCCAUAAAUAUAACAAAAAAACGCAUUUGAAAGAAGUUUAUCAACUCAACAAGCAAAAUCAAGAGCCCGAAUCCCGGCGCGUCCCCCAUCACUGCCUGAGAAAAUAAAUUGUUUACUUGGUGUACUGUUGUCUGCGAAUCCGCAAUUUCAAAGUACACUUGCCGCUAUAAUGCACGAUUUAGAUAUCGUUCGAUUUUUUGCUCCCCCUUCUUUUCAUUCAUCGUAUUUUCCUCCAUGAAACCGAUUUGAAUGAACUUUUGUUCAUUUUUUGUCCAUCACAUCAGAAAGUUCUGUAAUCAGUUUGAAAUUAAGAGAUUUACGUUCAGUUGAUUAUCAAACUGGGGAAUACCUCAUUAUUUUGUAAAUAAUGGCCUAAAAUUUACAACUUUUUUGUUUAAUCAGUUUUUUUUUCUUUAAACUAGCGAAAUGAUACGAUCUAUACAUUUUUAAUACUUUAACGCGGUGUUAAAUUUUGUUCCGACAUGAUCUUUCAAUCGAAAUUAUUUUGUUACAUUUAACAUAAUAUUUUUACGUUUUCGAAAAACGUUUCUUCAUCAGGAUUUCACGCACAGAGACGGGAAUGAAAUAAAAUUGGAAAUGAAGUCAUUUGAUUUAUUUGAUUUAUUAUUUCCUUCUAAGAAAGUUUCUCAGAUUUUAUAAAAAUCUAGGUGUUAAUGCUUCUACGCUUAGUUCGUUCUUUUUAAGCGUUUUUUUGUCAGUUAGUAAAAAAAAAAGUAUAGUCUUUUUCGUAGCGGCAGCAUCGAGAAAGCUUUCCUCUCGGGACGUAUGUCGCCAAAACAAACUUUCGCAAUCGAUUUCCUCGUCAUCUCUAUCGCAUUCUUGAUAUGAUUGAAUUUUUUUUCUUUUUCUCUGUUAUACUUAAUGCGAUUAGAGAAGAUAAUUUUCAUUGACGUUUUAAAUAUCCUUGUUUCAUUUUCACCAAUCAAAUGGCACCCAUACCGGUGGGAUAGUGCACGAAUUCGCACGCAUAGUUACCCCUUUUUAAAAAAAUGUAAUGCACAAUUUUUUUGUCUAAAGUAGUUUUGAAAUCAGUUGGCGAUCAAUUCAGCUUUUCAUUCGAUCUUUUCGUUGCUAUUUUUAUUUCAUGUUGAAAAAUUAAUUUAUUUUUUUCAGGGUUAUUGCUCUUUUUUUGAUGGAAAAAUAAUUCGAAAGACAAUGGAGGCAGUAGAAAUGCUGCUGUAAGUAACUCGACGGGUGGUCGCUACGUGCCUCCGCACCUCCGCGGGCAGCGUGAUUCGCAGCCUGCCGAACGCGACUCAAAUGGCGGAGGUCGCGGAGGUUACGACGACCGCGACCGUGGCUACGACAAUGGUCGCGAUCAUGGACCUCGGGGCGGCGGGUGAGUUCUGAGCAAGUAAAAUUGGUCGGCUCAAGUUUUUUUUGUACAUUCAAGAUUCUAUAGAUAGCUAUUCUUUUAGAUAAAGUAGUAAGAAAAACCCCAGUUUCAUUUUUUUGCUCUGAAAAAAAGAGCUCUCAUAGCAGGGAUUAUGUAAAGUUUAAAGAAAAUUAUUUUUCAGUUUUCGGCGAGGCGGUGGGAGCUACGACAACCGUGACCGCGGUUUUGGCGGAGGCGGUGGCGGACGUCAGUACGACGAUCGCCGCGACGACCGCCGUGACGACUAUAAUCGCGGCUACAAUGGUCGCGACAGUGGCGGUCGCCGCGAUCGCGACUCUGGUUUUUUCAACCGCGAGUAUAGUCGAACGUAAUGCUUUCUAAUAACCAGCCUGACAAUAAUGACCUUGUUUUCAGUGACUCCUAUGAAAGCCGCGGAUCUACGAGAUCUUACGAUGAUAGGGGCGGCAAUCAAAAGUAAGUUUGAGAAGGAAAAGUGUACUGAAAAGAUUGUUUGCGUAGUAUGUACUUGCCAAUAUUCACAAAUGAAAACGGGAUGGAACAUUGUCCUUGGUAUAUAUUGGCGCCUUUCGAAUUUCGGACAGAUGUUAAGGAUAAAAUGAGCAGUGGCAGAAGAUAUAUUUUUUCACUCUUUAAUUGUAGAUUUCUUUCAGCUUCAGAUAGCUUCUGAGAAGAACAUAUAUGGUUUUGCAAUUCGGAGAUUCCCGAAUUUCUUAGAGAAUAAGAAAUCAAUGAAAUCGCUUGAGUAUCUCUUAUGUAAUAAAAAUUGAACUUGAAAUGAUAUCUUAACAUCAUUUGUGAAUUUUUCGUAAAGCAAGCAGAAUAAUGGAGCGGUUGCAGCUCUCGCUCAGCUGGACUGCGCGACGACCAACAGGCGCCGAAAUGGGAGCGACAGCUGCCGCGAGACGAGGCGAUCGAACGCGAAUUGUUCUCCGGACAACUCUCUGGAAUCAACUUUGACAAGUACGAAGAAAUUCCGGUUGAGGCCACUGGACAGGACGUUCCGCCGUCCAUCAACUUGGUGCGUUUUUAGAAUGGAAGCAAAAAAAAAACUCAUCAUAAGUUUUUAUAAGUCUGCCCAAAAAAAUCUUAGUUAUUGAAAUUUCGUAGAUCAUUUGAAAGGUUAAACUGCGAUAUUUUUUUAAAUAGAAAUAGGCGGUUCUGGAUCAAAGUUUCAAUUUUUUUUUUUUGCAGGUUGCAUCUUGAACAGUAUAUCUCGAGCUAGGAAAAAUUCCAAUCUUCAUGAAACUUGAAUUUUCAGUUCUCGGAUCUGAAGUUACACGCGUGGAUCGAAGAGAACAUCAAGUCGGCCGGCUACGAUCGUCCAACGCCGGUCCAAAAGUUUUCGAUACCCGCGCUGCAAGCUGGAAGAGAUCUCAUGUCUUGCGCUCAGACAGGAUCCGGAAAAACGGCAGCCUUCCUCGUUCCUGUGGUCAACGCUAUUCUUUCGGUUUGGCAUUCUGUGCAAGUUUGAGUGGCAUUGAUGAUUUGCAGGACGGCCCUGAAAUGGUCAAGAGACCGACGAUGAGCAGCGGCGGACGACGACGUCAGUAUCCUUGCGCUUUGAUUCUGUCGCCAACUCGAGAAUUGUCUCUUCAGGUUCGGCUUCUUCUCUUCUCAGUUCUGCAAACAAUUUUCGCUUUAAGGGCGAUUUUUUUGUUCAGCCAGUUUAUGCGUUUGUAUUUUAGUAAAGAAAAAUUAACUUGCUCGUAAUUUUCAUCUUUACCUCCAUUUCGUACUCCACAUGUAAAGUCUAUUCUCUGGCGCUUUUUGAACGAGAUCUUCAGAGUUGCAUAUGUUUGAGCGAUGAAUAUCAAGAGAAACGAAAAUUCAGAUCUACAACGAGUCCCGGAAGUUUGCCUACAGAACGCCGAUCACGUCAGCCCUAUUGUACGGAGGCCGAGAAAAUUACAGAGACCAGAUCCACAAACUUCGCGUUCGUCCAUUUUGUGCUCAAAAAGGACUAUGGAUUUUUUUGUGCAGCUCGGAUGUCACAUUUUGAUCGCAACGCCUGGCCGUCUUAUCGACGUCAUGGAACAAGGCCUGAUAGGCUUGGACGGGUGCCGAUAUCUGGUUCUUGACGAAGCCGACCGCAUGCUUGACAUGGGUUUCGAGCCUCAGAUUCGCCAGGUUGGGUUCUGGUGGACUUUGAGAAUUUGAAAAGCGAAAAGCCUUUGUUUUCUAAUAAUUUGAUAUUUUUCUGGUUACGAAUAAGAUUGAAAGAUGAUAUAUAUUUAAAGUAAAGAGAAGGAAUUAUUACAUCUUUUUCUUUUCGGUAACAGAAAUGGCCAAAAACUUCAAAAAUGGCAAGAAAAGAAUUAUAAUGCGAUAGAACAACCAUCUCUCAAAAAUCAAGGUCUUUACUAUCUUUGUCGGAUCAGCUAACUCGGCAGUUUUUUAUGAUGAAAAUGUUAAUUUUCAACUUUGUUUUUCUUGCAGAUUGUCGACAUGUCGGCUAUGCCACCCAAAGGCGAGCGUAUCACUGCCAUGUUCAGCGCCACGUUCCCCAAGGAGAUCCAGAUUCUGGCUCAGGACUUUUUGAUGCCGAACUACGUAUUCUUGGCUGUUGGUCGCGUGGGGUCUACGUCUGAGAACAUUGUUCAGAAGGUCUUUUUGGAUGUGCCCCAAUGCAAUGCGAACGACCUUGUUCUUGUUCAGAUUGUUUGGUGUGAAGAACACGAGAAGCGGUCCUAUUUGAUGGAUCUUCUCGACGCCAGCGGACAAGGCGCCUUGACUCUCGUCUUCGUCGAAACGAAGCGCGGAGCUUCGGACCUAGCCUAUUACCUUUCCAACCAGAACUACGAGGUCGUCACCAUCCACGGAGACUUGAAGCAGUUUGAGCGUGAGAAGCAUCUCGAGUCCUUCAGGUAUGUCAAUCAGUUAAAAUUCUCCUACAAGGAAAAAAACAUUCUCAUAAAAUGGUUCUUAUACAGUUUUCUGAAAGCUAUUUGGCUCAUAGAAAGGGUCUGCUACAUUUUGAUGCUGAACUGAAUGUGGAAUGAAUAGCUUUUUUCAAAUUUAGAUGGUUAAUCGUUAAUUUCCACGAAAGCGACUUUUAAGUUCAACAUAAAUUUAUUCUGUUAAGAUCGGUAGUUUCUACUAUUUUCGCGAAAAAAUGGAAUGGGGGGGGGGGAAGAAGAAACAGAAAAAGCGGAAAAGGAGUAUUCGAAAGUUUAAGAUGCUUUUCUAGGGCGUAUCUUCACAAUCCGUUACUCUGGAAAUAGGCUUAGUAAUGUGGAAUUUCUUGAACUUAGCAGUUCAUCCAAGAGUCAUCCCGAGGGUAUCCCGAGAAAAAACAAUUAUGGCGUUUGUUCUACUCUAUUUGAAGUUCCAAGUCAAGCUGAAAUUUUUUUCAAAUGAGAAAGCUUAGGUUUCAUUAUCUUACCGACCAACUUUAUUCCUACGAAACACAUGUUUUCAAUAUUGAUCGUUAAAAAAGAAUCUCAAAUUUCACUUCGCAACAGAAAAAAGAUAGGUACACAAAAACAAUAUGGCUAAUCUUCAGAAAUUUUUACAACAGGAGUGAAUUUUUAAGAUUAAAUCUCUUUUAGCAAGAUUUUAUAGUUAGCCGCUUUCGAUUUUUUUUUAUAAAUGGAUUUCGAUUUUUUUCAUAAAUAUUCGAAAUUUUUUCAGAGAAAUUUGAAAGUUUCCUCAACUCUAUUCGGUUAUUUUUCUUUUUGGUGUGACUGGAAAGCUUGAUCUGUUGUGAAAAAAAAAAUUGCACUUUUCGGUUUUCUUUCCGUAAUAUCGAUAAAAAAAAACUGUACAAUUUUGCAACGGUUCCAUGUGAAACAACUUUUUUUUUCAUUCUAGGAGCGGAUCUGCACCGAUUUUGGUGGCUACCGCCGUUGCUGCGCGUGGUCUCGACAUCCCGAACGUCAAGCACGUCAUCAACUACGACCUUCCUUCUGACGUCGACGAAUAUGUUCAUCGUAUCGGCCGUACCGGUCGUGUCGGUAAUGUCGGUAAGCGUCAGACCCAUAGAGAAUCGUGGCCUAAUUCGCUCCGUGGGCAGGUCUCGCCACCUCGUUCUUCAACGAUAAGAACCGCAACGUCGCCCGAGAACUGAUGGAUCUGAUUGUCGAGGCCAACCAGGACCUUCCCGACUGGCUUGAGCGCAUCGCUGGCGAUGCUCGCUCUGGCGGCGGAUUCAGAAGCGGUGGACGUGGCCGUGGAAAUCGCUUCGGAGGUAUUGCUAUACAUCUUACUUUGUUUUAUCAACAACAGAAGAACGGGAUAUUAUCAAAAAUACAUUUCUCUUACCUAUAGCUAUCAAAAUUGUCUGAUUGCGACUGGACGCAUACAAUAAAUUUAUUUAAAGAUUGGAAAUUUUGGAAUUCCAGCUCGUGAUCACCGUUACCAGAACGGCUCAAACGGCGGCGGUGGCGGCUCCGGCUCCUACGGCGGUCAGAGUCAGUCGCGCAGCGGCGGCGGUGGCGGAGGCUUCAACAGCGCUCCGCAGCGUCAGCAGAGAUCCGGCGGCGGCGGAGGCUCAUCGCAGGAUUGGUGGGGCAACUGA